CUCUCUCUAACUCUCCCCUAUGAUGUGAUUCUCUCCUCUCCUCUAUCUAUCUUUACAAAAGAAAGGCGCCCAGAGCAAGAGCCAUGGUUUUUUCUUCCAUGCAUCCUUAUCUUGAUCCGGCCAACUGGCAUCAACAGCAACCCAAUCAUCAGGUUGGAAGUAGCAGUGGCCCGGGUUCUCAGCUUCUUCCUCCUCCUCCGCCGCCGCUGCCCCCUACUCAGGCUCAUGGUGCCAGUGGCUCCGGCUCCAUCAGGCCUGGUUCCAUGGCUGAUAGGGCUCGGAUGGCCAACAUACCCAUGCCGGAGGCGGCGCUAAAAUGCCCUCGCUGUGAUUCCGCCAAUACUAAGUUUUGCUACUUCAACAACUACAGCCUCUCUCAGCCUCGCCACUUCUGCAAGACCUGUAGAAGGUACUGGACUCGAGGCGGGGCCCUUCGAAGUGUCCCGGUCGGUGGGGGUUGCCGGAGGAACAAGAGAAGCAAAGGAAGCAGCUCAAAGUCGUCGCCGGUGAGCUCAGAUUGCCACACAGGCAGUGCUAGUUCAACCAACUCAGCGUCUUCCAACAGUGCUUCUGCUGCUGAUAUAGUUGGCCUUUCGCCUCAGGUUCCAUCGCUGAGGUUCUCGGCUCCUUUGCAUCAACUCACAGAGUUUGGAUCCGGAGAGAUGCGAUUGAACUAUGGUUUGAGUAAUUAUAGCGCAAUUUCAGGUCCAAUGGGAGGAGUAGGUGACUUGAGUUUCCAUAUAGGAAACGCUUUGGCAGGGGGAGCAAGCGGCAGCGGCGGAGGUUUGGAGCAGUGGCGGAUGCCACAAACACAACAAUUUCCCUUCUUAACUGGUUUGGAAGCUUCGCCUGAAUUGUACCAAUUUGAAGGUGGAGCUACGGUGCCGGGAUAUGGCGGCGGCUCAAGUCAACUCCGGCCAAGGGUGCCAACUGGCGUAAUAACUCAACUAGCUUCAGUGAAAAUGGAAGACCAUAAUCACCGGGAACCGAAUUUUUCAAGGCACUUCUUGGGGAUGAAUAACAAUUCAACAAAUCACGAGCAGUAUUGGAAUACUACAGCCGGUAAUUCUAAUACUGCUGCUGCUAAUUGGACUGACCUUUCCGGGUUUAUCUCUUCUUCCGCUACUAGCAGCAAUCCGCCAUAGGAAUAACAAAAGGAAAUCUCAGUUCCUUUAUGUGCUGAAGCUUCUGGUUUUUUGUUAGUAUGGCUUCAAUUUCAUUAACAAAUUAAACUUUAGUACUCCUCAAUUUGUCCCGACAUCGAGAGAAGAGCUUUCGAGGAUGGAUGGUGAGUGCUUUGUUUCUUUAAUUAAGAUCUUAUGAUUUGGACCAAAAAAGUUAAGAUCCUGUGAAAACCCUAGGAAUAUGUGUUAGUUAUUCUUCGUUUAACCUGUUUUUUUUUUUUUCCACUUUAAAUAGUUGUAGGUUGCAUUGUUAAUUAUGAGGAUGUUAAUGUCCAAUAGAGUGACUUUAUGUGUUCACCAGUCGAAUGAAUAUUUUCAUUUGCAGCAGCUAAAUAUUCUGCUGAUGCUCAA